AUGGACCUAGAUAUAGACAUACCAUAUUUUUUUUCUAGCCUUGCGGGUGAAAUUGAAGCUAAUGCUCAAAAGUCAGAGUUGCAAGCACAGCCAAGACAACAAAUUAAAAGCCACAAUAGCAAUCCAAAUGAUAUCUUUCAUAAAUUGUUAGAAAAGGUGAAUCUAAAGCCAAGUGAUUUCCUCGCAUUAACGAAAGCACUAAAUGAACCAUAUUUAGAUCAAUUAUUGUCUUGGUUAUUAAUGACAGCAGAAUCCAAAUUAUCGACACAUGAAAUAACAUUCACAGCUAAUGUAGAAAAUAGUCAAGAAAGUCAAGUUCAACCGAAUCAAACUUUCCCAAUAGCUUUUUCACAAGGACAAGAAUCAGCAACACGAACUCAAAGCGAAUUUUUUCCAUUGAACAGUGUGAAAUCUAAAAUAAGAAAGAGGGAUGGUGCAAUUGUUACCGAAGAGAAUGAAAAGAAUCAAGAUAAAGGAACAAUUAAUGAUAAACGACAAAAAGUCAGUUCAAUAAAUGCCGGAAACUACAAGAUGAUAGCAGAUACUAAUGGAAAUGAGAUCACGAGAUAUAGUAUAUUCGAAAUGAAUAACAUCGAGAAUAACCGAGAGCUGGAGAAAAUGAUAGAGACUGGAUGGUGGGUACUUAAUCUUGGCAUUAGUAGAAUUUCAUCAACUCAAAAUCAUAGUCGUGACGGUGAGAUACUUCAAACGGUAAUUCUGUUUUGUGUAACAGAUCGGGUACUUGCGAGGAUUGUGAAAUCAUUAAAUCACGACGCAAGUUCAUCACAUGCAAGGAAAUUAACAGACGAAUCAUAUUCAAACCUUAUCAAAGCACGGAUCGGAACUAUUUACACAAAAUAUGGAUCAAAUGAAGUAUUUAAUUUUAUCGAUCCGAUUUUUCGAGACAUAUUCGAAAAAUUACUGAUAGCCGUCAUCAACAAUGAAGAUGGAGCGAACGAAAACGAAAUAUUGGAGAAAACCUUUUCAGGACAUUUCACGGAUCCCGAAAUUUUAAAAAUUAAUGAUAAUACGAUAGAUUCUCACAUCCAACAACGUUGUCAUUCUAUCCCUUACACUCGCUGGAGGGUAUUCGGCGAUUAUUCAACUAAAGUAAAUGAUGCAAGUAUGAAAGCUUUUAACGCGCAUCCAGAAUAUUAUUGUAUUUAUCAAGAUGAUAGUGACAUUCUUGUCGAAGUGUACAUGGGAAGUAAAAAAUUUGCCGAAGUUUACAGCAAGUUCUGGAAGACGGCAUUAUAUGAAGCAUUUUGGAUGACAUAUGAAAAGCUUGGUUUAAAUAUUUACGAUAAUGAUAAAACUAAGGUUUUGAGCAAUACAUAUUUAGGUUUAUGCAAAUAA